UCAGGAAGUAUACAGAGUCCCCGCAAAAAAGAAAGAAAACGUACACACACAGGGCGGCAUGGCGGGGCAGGGGCAGCGGCUGAACGUGGUGCCAACGGUGACGGUGAUGGGCAUGAUCAAGGCGCGGCUGGCGGCGGCCACCCGCGGCCACGCGCUGCUCAAGAAGAAGUCGGACGCGCUCACCGUGCAGUUCCGGGCCAUCCUCAAGCGCAUCGUGGCCGCCAAGCAGGCCGUGGGCGACUCCAUGCGCGGCGCCUCCCUCUCCCUUGCGGAGGCGCUCUACGCCGCCGGCGGUCCCCUCCGGCAUGCCAUCCAGCAGUCCGUCACCGGUCCCGCCCGCCUCCGCGUGCGCGCCCACCACGACAACAUCGCCGGCGUCCUCCUCCCCCGCUUCCAGCACUCCACGGACGGCGCCGGCGCAACGGCGCCGUUGCUCGCCGGGCUCGCAGGCGGCGGGCAGCAGGUGUCAGCCUGCCGUGCGGCGCACGCCCGCGCUAUCGAGUUGCUGGUGGAGCUGGCGUCCCUGCAGACGUCGUUCCUGACGCUGGACGAGGCGAUCAAGACGACCAACAGGCGCGUGAACGCGCUGGAGCACGUAGUGAAGCCGCAGCUGGAGAACACCGUCACCUAUAUCAGGGGCGAGCUUGACGAGCAGGAGAGAGAGGAGUUCUUCCGCCUUAAGAAGAUCCAGGCCGUCAAGCAGCGAGAGCUGGAGCGCCAGAUGGAGUCCGCGAAGCUUUACGCAGGGGAGAAGGUCGCUGGCGAGGUCGCACUCAAGCGCGGCGUCUCUCUCGGCACCGCCGCCACCAUGCUGGACAAUGGCGACGACCAGAGGGACGACGACAUCAUUUUUUGAUACACCUGAUCUUGAAGCUGGCUACUGACCUGCUUUGACGUAUACGAGUACUAUGAGUAUUUUUUUAGGAAAAAAUAGCACGCUUUAUAUAAUAACAUCGUUUCUGAAAAUAUGUUAUUGAUGUGCUAUAUCACAUGUUAUUA